UUCAUUUUUCUUGUCUUUUUUCCGUUACUUAAUUUUUAAGAAACUUUUUCUAUGAAAGAAAUUCUUUUACAAUAAAAGAAGAAAAAUUGUGCAAAGUAUCAUAAUCGAAAUUAGUAAAAUUUGUCAACGGAAAACGUGAGUGAUCGGUAAAGAACUUUUUACGAAUGAUCAAAAUUGGCAAUUUUGGAAAAAAAAUUUCUAUAGUGAAGGGACAAUAGUUGAAUGUUAUUUUUAAUUAAUUUUUUUUAAAUUCGAAUAAACGAAUUAUUUAUUUGUAAUAACAAGUUGAGAAUUUUAAGUGAUGUUCGUUGUUAAAAAAGACGUUGAUAGUGAAGUGUGAGUAAAAGAAGAGAAAAAUAUUGUGAAGUGCAACAUUUUUUGUUUUUGCUAAAGAAAAAGAAGAAGGAGAAGAAUUUUUUUGCGAAAAAAUGACGGAGCCGUUACCGAGGGAUAUGGAUGCACACAUUGUGACACUUUUAAGUAAAAUUUCAGCUUUGAGGGAUAAUAAUAAUGAACUUGUGGUGCAAAGAAGACCGUCGAUGUCGAUUGAAGUGUGGAGUCUAGAACUUUGGAGGGCCGUUGCUGUCGAGUGUUUUGCAACUUUUCUCUUCAGUUUCGUGGUUUCCGGUGCAACAAACGCCUCAAAUGUUUAUGGCAGUGGAUUAUCUGUCCUGUCCACUGCUGUAGCCGCUGGGCUUGGCAUUGCAGCCAUAGCCCUUAUUUUUGGGCCCAUUAGUGGGGGACAUGUAAAUCCUGCGGUAUCCGUGUCCUUUGCUUUGGCCAACAGAAUAUCACCACUUCGAGCUGCCCUGUAUAUUGCAGCUCAAUGUGGUGGCGGAAUAGCAGGAGCUGCCAUGAUGUAUGGAGUGACGAUGCCCACUGCAUCGCAAUCCGGAAGAUUGGCGGGUCCAGUUGAAAGACUUCUAGUCGAAUUAUCUCUUUCGGUUUUAAUUGUUCUGGCCCAUUUUACGGCCGACUCGAGAAGAAAUCUGCCCGCAUUUUUGACAACAAAACCUGCUGCUGUCUUAGCCGCGGCCUAUGCAUCUGCAACUCUUGUUCAUAAUCCAAAUUUGAAUCCGGCACGAGCACUGGGACCGGCAUUUGUCAUGAACAAAUGGGAUGCACAUUGGGUGUAUUGGGUUGGACCAAUAGCCGGUGGUGCAAUAGCAGUUCUCCUCCACGAAUACGUACUGAAUCCAAGAAGAUCACGAGACUCGCGUGAGAUGGACGACGGUGAUAAUUCAUCGAUUCGAUCGGACGAGGACACCUACGACGACUUGGAUAAACAAACAGGACCAAAAUUCCCCGGAUCUUAUGCGACCUAUCGACCCGUUGCUGGUGCAUCGUCCUCAAUCUACAGUCCUCCACCGUCAGCCCUCGAACGUGUCGAGUCCAUUUACGGUGGCACCAAGUCCCUCUACUGCAAAUCCCCACCUCUGACCAGGGCUAAUUUGAACCGGUCUCAAAGCGUCUACGCUAAAUCUACAUCAGGAACCAGGGACGGACUCAUGUUCCCAAAACCAGGACCACUUGUUCCAGCACAAAGUCUCUAUCCCAUAAGAAUUGGAACACACACAUCGCAGAAUUUCAUCAAUCGCGACACAACAACAGCAACAACAACAAUAACAACUCCUCAUCAUCAUCAAAAUUCCCAAAGUUCACAAACAAAUACUCAGAGUCAAUCGCAAAAUCACAACAGUACCAAUCAGAAUAUGCAAAAUCAAUUACAACAGUGUACACAAAGUAUCUAUGGUGUCAGAGGAAUUUCCACAAGUCUAAGUAAUAGGGACAAUGGUGUUUAUGGUGUUUCAACAGGAACGAAUAUUUAUGGACGAGCGCCAGCUCCACCACCUGAGAGGCAGAGUUCGCAGCAGAGUACACCGAGUCAAUCGUCAACACCGCAAAAUCCAAAUCAGAAUCAUCAGAAUCAAGCGAUUGGACCUCUUAAUACUAGUGACAAUGGCAGUAGUUCGAGACGACCGGAAAGUAUGUAUGGUCAUACCGCGAGACGUAGUGAUGAUUCGGCUUAUGGUAGCUAUCAGAGUUCAAACAGGGGAAACUAUGGUAAAGCACCAGGACCACCUCCCCUACUUAAUGGACCACCAUGUCCUCCUCAGUACAGGGAUGGAAGACCAAGUCCUGCUGGACCUAUUCAACAAAAUCAGAAUCAGCACAGCAAUUUCCAGAGGAAUUCACCUAAUCCACAGUACUGAUGUCAUCAGAGUCAUCGCAAAAAAUCGCGAUCUAAUCGAGCCAACAGGGCCGAAUUGUUUUUCUAAAUGGACUUGUUUUUUUCGAAAUCCGUUCUCCUCUUUUGUAUCAUAAGACUGGAUUUUAGGAGAGAAAAAAAUUGUCGAGAUGUUCAGAUCGAUACAAGUCAGACGUUUUUUCUCGGGAUUUACUUUUAAAAAAAGGAUGAGAAAGCAUUUAACAUUAUUUAUAAUGCGUCAUAAGUAAACAAAUUUUUCUUUGAGCUAUUUUCAAAAAAAAGGGAGAAAAAUAAAAGGUAACUUUUACUACUUUGAAAAGUAAACAAUAUACUGUGAUUCCUUCGCAUUUCUGUUGGUAAUUCCAACUGGUAGCGGAGUAAAUUUUAUUAACCAAGUUUUAUUUAAAAUUAAUAGUUUAUUCGAACAGCAAUUCGAAAAGUGGAAUUUGCUCCGAAAGAAUAGUAAAAUUGGCUAAAAAUACACAAAAAAUUCAGACACAGUUAAAGUUUCAAUUUGUACAAAUACACGGAAAAAGUAAAUGGUAAAUUUUGCUAUUAUAUAAAAAAAACCUAAAUUAUUUGAAAAUUUUUGCGCAUUUCUAUGACAACUUUUACUAUUUCCGGAGUAAAUACUAUUAUGUCAUCAGUAAAUUUUAGCAAAAAAUAAAAUUUACUUUGAACAUAGCAAAAUUUGCUUUAAAAUUAGUAAAAAUUGCUAGAAAUACGCAAAAAAUUUUAGUACUAAAAAUUUCAAUUUUUGAAAACACAAAGAAAAUUAUAGGCAACCUUUAUUAUUUAUCAAAGUAAAAAUUAAACUACCUGAAAUUUUUUUAAUGAAAUUCUUUCUGGUAAUUUUUACUUUUUUCUGAGUAAAUUUUAUCACGUAGCAAAAUUUGUUCCGGAAUCAUAGUUAAAAAUUGUAAGAAAUACACAAAGAUUUCAGACAUUUUAACUUUUAAUUUGUAAAUUACAGGAAAAAAUUUAAAAAAGUAAUUUCUACUAUUUUCAUUGUAAAAUCAAAUGUUUCCACAAUUUCUAAUCAUGUCUAAAAAUUUUUACUAUUCCAAAAAAAAAGUUUACUAUCUCUAAAGUAAAUUUCAGUGAAAAUUAGUAAAAUUUACUCCGGGAUUAAUAAAAAUUACCAAAAAUUCCACAUUUUAGAUUUUUUACUAUUCAAAUAAUAAAAAUUACUCUGAAUUUGUCGUCAUUCUAAAAAAAAGCACUCUUUUACAAA